AUGUGGUCUUUAUUCAAAAAGCAGAAAAAGAAUAAUCAUGAUGAUGAUGAAGAUGGUCGAGUCCACAAAGCAAUUUUACUGUCCUCAAUUUUUACUCAUUCCGAUAUCUUUCAUUACAUUGUGAUGAGUGGUUAUUUACGAUUGGAAGAUAUUUUGAAUCUUCGGAUGGUAUGCAAGAUGUGGAAUGAUCAUGUUGAGAGUGGAUGGAGUGCUUUUCAGUAUCAUGUGCUCGUUCAAUUAUUUCAAUUGAGAGUUCCUGAUUUAGCACUUCAGCAUGCACAACAUGAACCAUCUGCCAAAUCAACCACUAUGUUGUUCUUUUCCAUGGUCAAAGCAUGUCGUGGAAUACGUACUGGUUUGGAACAUCCUUCAUUUAGCUCAUUUCGUGAGACCACUGUUUUUGGUGUGCCAUUAAAGCCAAAAGAGAAGGAGCAAAUAAUGCAAGACAUGCAAGAUAUGAAUCAACAUGAUGAGGAAGAUCUUGCAAGUCAAUUUCUUUCCUUCAAGUUUUAUCAAUCAUUGCCACAUAUAACACCACCUGUCAAGAAGGAUUAUGUCUUGGAAUUUAUUCCCAAGUUUUUGAAUGGCAAACGAAAUUAUUGGGUUAACUUGAAUCAUGACCAAUGGUUCGGUCAACAUAGAGUUGAGCACAACAAUAUCAUAGUCAAGUCAUUACUGUGGUCACAGAGAAUUUUCAAUUAUUCCUAUGACGAGUUUAAUUUUGAUAUGGUGUUGCAUCUAGAAGGUGACAUGUUUAAAACAAAGAAAAUGAUUGAAAAGCUAUUUCUUGUCAAAACAGUGCAAAAUUCGAUUGUAAAAGAGGGACCAAUUAGAUUAGAUCCAGCACUUUUUCACACAAAAUUUGGUUACGUUUUGACGGACAGUUGCUUUCAAGCAGAAAGAAGUCAUACCAUCUGUAAACAAGUUACGACUUUUAGCAAAUUUACCUUGAAAUAUAUUGAAGCUGCAUUUUUGAACCAUUUCGGCGAAGAAGUAGACCUAUUGGUGAAAGACUCAGUUGUUCCUCAAGGACUUGAUACCUUUUUCAAUCAAGAAUUGGAACGAACCUUGUUCCAGCUUUGGUCUACUGGCUUAUUGAAUGUGAAAUUUAUUAGAAAUUUCGUUUUUCGAUUGUUGGUGGCACUUUCACAUAGGCGACAUGAUUGGUACUCACUUUCAUUCCAUGAUUCUAUUCAGGAAAGCUGUCCCAAUACUCAGGCCACGAACGGUGUUAUGGAAUGGUUCAAUGAAUAUGCUCGAACAAGAACACAAGAAUAUCCAGAAAUUAUACACACCUUUGUCAAAGAUCAUGAAAUCUUUCAAGGAUUUCAUGAAGGAGAGCAAAUUCAAUCCUACUUGCUAGCGUUAAUGUUAAAACCUAAUGUUGAAACUCAAACGUGUCAAUUCCAAGUGUUGAAAUAUUUAUUCUAUGAAUUUUCACUCGAUGGAGAAAUAUUGAGUUAG